GUCGGAAUAAAUACUAUUCCACAAAUUUAUAUUUUCGUUACUAGUAUAGUUUUUUAAAUCUUAGACUUUGAACCAUAAUGACAAAGGUAGUAGUAGUAUAUUGGUUGAGGAAAAAACUUGACACACGCACGUGAUGCAAGAAAGCAUCACUACCACACUCCCCAAAUGAAAUGAAUGCAGAAGCAUAACCCCGCGGCUAUGGAAAAGCCACGAUUUCAAAAUCAAACCUCCUAACUUGUUCCCCCAAAAUUCCUCCGCAAUCUCCAAAAGCCAUCGAUUCUUCUCUUCUCUUCUCUCUCAACAAUUCCUCUUCCAAAUGCAUUGAAAUUGUUUAUCAUAAAACACCAACACUAAACCCUUUUUGUUCAUGGCUUUUAAAUGAGAAAAUCUAAACCCCUUUUCACCCUUCUCCACAACAACCAUAACCAAAACCCCAAUCUUUUUCACCUUCUCCUCAAACCCUUUUCUUCUCUUAACCAACAACCCCACCUCGUUUCACACAUCUUCACCGUCCUCUCUCAACCCCAAUGGCGAAAAAACCCUUCUUUUAACACAUUAAUCCCUUCCCUAACCCCAACCCAUCUCUCUUCUCUCUUCAACCUCGACCUUCACCCUCUCACAGCUCUAAACUUCUUCAAAUGGAUCAAUUACCAACACGGCUUCAUUCACACUGUCCACUCCUACCAACCACUCCUUUUCAUUCUAGUUCGAAACGGGUUUCUUCAUGCUGCGGAAAAUGUUCGAAACUCCAUGAUCAAGUCGUGUGAUUCCCCACAAGAUGCAAGGUUUGUUUUGAACCUAUUGCGGCUAAUGAACACAACCCAUCAUGAAAAUCUUGCGUUUAAGCUCUCUGUUACUUCGUAUAAUAGACUUCUUUUGUUGUUGUCGCGGUUUGGUUUGGUUGAUGAAUUGAAUUGUUUGUUUAAGGAUAUGUUGGAGGAUGGGGUUUUGCCUAAUUUGAUUACUUUCAAUACUAUGUUGAAUGUUCAUUGUAAGUUGGGGAAUGUGGUUGUGGCAAAGGUUUAUUUUUGUGGAUUAAUAAAGAGUGGUUUUUGUUGCGAUACGUUUACCUAUACUUCGUUGAUAUUGGGUUAUUGUAAAAAUCAUGAAUUGGAGAAUGCUUAUAAGGUGUUUGAGAUUAUGCCGCGGGAGGGUUGUCGAAGGAAUGAGGUUUCGUAUACUAAUCUGAUUCAUGGUUUUUGUGAAGCUGGGAAGCUUGAUGAGGCUCUCGAGUUGUUCCUUCAAAUGAAGGAGGAUGGUUGUUUUCCAACUGUUCGAACUUAUACGAUUCUCAUAGCUGCAUUGUGCAAGUUGGGGAAGGAGGUAGAAGCUCUGAAGUUUUUCGAGGAGAUGGUGGAAAGACGUUGUGUGCCUAAUGUUUAUACUUAUACUGUGUUGAUUGAUUAUUUCUGCAAGGUUGGUAAGAUGGAAGAGGGGAUGAAAAUAUUGAAAACAAUGUUGGAGAAAGGGUUGGUUUCUAGUGCUGUCCCAUUUAAUGCCUUGAUUGCUGGGUAUUGUAGACGGGCAAUGAUGGAGGAUGCCAUCGGUGUUUUGGAUUUGAUGAAGUUGAAUAAAGUUUGUCCAAAUGACCGAACUUAUAAUGAACUAAUUUGUGGGUUUUGUGGAAGAAAGAGUAUGGACAGGGCGAUGGCGUUGGUUAAUAGAAUGUUUGAAAACAAGUUGUCUCCCAACCUUAUCACAUAUAACACCUUAAUCCAUGGGCUGUGUAAUGCGGGUGUGGUCGAUAGUGCUUGGCGUCUGCAUCAUUUGAUGAUUGAAGAUGGCUUCUUUCCUGAUCAAAGGACUUUUUGUGCUUUUAUAGACUGCCUCAGUAGAAUGGGAAAAGUAGUACAAGCACGUCAGGUCUUUGAGACCCUAAAGGAAAAACACGUCGAAGCAAAUGAAUUCAUAUAUACAGCCUUGAUUGAUGGCUACUGCAAGGCUGAGAAAUUUGAUGAUGCCUGGUUAUUAUUCAAAAAGAUGCUUGCUGAGGGAUGUUUGCCGAACUCUAUUACAUUCAAUGUCUUGUUAGACGGCUUGCGCAAAGAGGGGAAAGUAGAAGAUGCAAUAUUGUUUGUGGGUGACAUGGGAAAGUUUAAUCUGAAGCCUACUGUUCAUACAUAUACAAUUCUCAUUGAGGAAAUAUUGAGGGAAAGUGACUUCAACCGUGCUAAUAGGCUUCUCGACCAAAUGAUUUCAUCUGGAUGUCAGCCUAAUGUGGUCACAUAUACUGCUUUUAUUAAAGCAUAUUGCAGCCAAGGAAGAUUACACGAUGCCGAAGAGAUGGUGGUCAAGAUUAAAGAAGAAGGCAUAGUACCCGACUGCACGGUCUAUAAUUUAUUAAUGAAUGCUUAUGGAUGUAUAGGACAACUAGACAAUGCAUUUGGUGUUCUCGAACGCAUGUUUGAUACAGGUUGUGAGCCUUCGAUUCAAACACAUUCCAUUCUAAUGAAGCAUCUAAUGGUUGAAAAACAUAAUAUUUCAAUUGAUAAUGCCGAUAUAUGGAGGAUAACUGACUUUGAAAUCAUAACCACACUCUUUGAGAAAAUGGUGGAACAUGGCUGUGUGCCUAAUGUUAAGACUUACGACAAGCUUAUUAUAGGACUUUGCAAAGUGGAACACUUGUCGGUAGCCUUUAGGUUAUUAAACCAUAUGAGAGAAAAUGGAAUAUCUCCAUCUGAAAUUAUUCAUAAUUCUCUUCUAAGUGGUUGCUGCAAGUUGGGAAUGCACGAAGAAGCAUUGAGAUUGCUGGAUUCUAUGAUGGAGUGUAAUCAUUUAACACAUCUAGAAUCCUAUAAGCUUCUCAUUUGUUGGCUAUUUGAACAGAGUAACAAAGAGAAGGCUGAAGCAAUUUUUCAUAGUUUAUUGAGCUGUGGGUAUAAUUAUGACGAAGUGGUUUGGAAAGUCCUAAUUGAUGGUCUAGCUAAGAAAGGUCACGUUGAUGAGUGCUCACAAUUGUGGAACAUUAUGGAUAAAAAUGGUUGUCGUUUACAUCCCAAGACGCAAUAUAUGUUAACUCGGGAACUGAAUGGAACAUAAUGUGAUGAUUGUAUGAUUGUUUAUUUUUCUGUGGAAUGGAACAUGGAGACGGAUUCCUCCCAUUAAUAUUUCAUUUUUGAUGAGUCAGGUUAAAGUUGUUGUACAGAGGAGUACCUGAAACUCCAUCAUACAUUCUUAACAUACUUACGAUAUUUCAGCAAGUGAGCUGCAAGCAGCUCUUUUCUACCAUUGCAGUGACAAUUUACUGUCACAGACCAGCGUAACUGUGACAAUCACCCGGGUAGAGCAAUCGGUAGAAGACCAAGAGGCAGGUAUUGUGACCCAUAGCAGAAGCUGUGGUAAGACAACCCAGAGAUUCUAAUAGUUCGGUCUCUUCUGUUACCCAUACAACUAGUUGCAGGCUCAAGAUUGAAUUUUAGUUGAAGAUUGGUUGGUAUUAGCAUCCAUUUCAAAUGCAAGUUGCUGUGUUAGUGGCAGCCUGAUAUUCUGCCACUAUCAUGUCACUAUUGUUACUGGUAUAUCAAAAUCUUCAUAUUUUCUGCACAAGAUAAUUGAGGAGUUGAAUACCAAAAAUAUGUCUGCAAUGUUAACUGAAGAAAAUAAAACGGAUAGGGAAAUGACUUGAAAUUACUAGGGAGUUGAGAGUGCAUUUUGAUGUAUGUAAUAAAGGCCUUUCCGAUGUCUAGAAUGCAUAAAAUAGUAACCAUUGGAUGCUACAAAGUAUUUCAAGACCUAUUAUUAUGAUAUUAUUAUGUGAGCAAAAUGGAAGAGCUUGUUUCUUCUGCAAGUUCCAUAUUUCCAUGAUCAAAUGAAACAUUUUUUCUUAUA